AGGACAGCCGAUGCGAGGAGAAAAUGGCCCAAUCCCUUUUUUUGCUGUUUCUCCUCAGUCUGUGCCACUGCAAGUGCCAGGGACAGAUUCAGGUCAAACUCCUCAGCAACAGACCCAUGAAGCCAGGAGUCUCUGUGGAGCUGGAGUGUGUGAUCACGGACAGCAGCUUGUCAGACAGCGGCGUGUCCUGGAUGCACAAAGGCAAGGACUCUGUCCUCCGCUUCAUCAUGUUCAUCUCUUCCCUCUCCCGGGUGACACACACAAGCGAUAAAGACAAAGCACGCUAUGUAGGAAGUAAAAAGUCCAGCACCUACAGACUGACCGUGAAGUCCUUUCAGGAGCAGGACCAGGGCGAAUAUUACUGCAUUGUCAACUGGAACCAAAUCCUGCAUUUCAGCUCUGGGCACCAGGUCUUCCUGCCAGUGCCUCCUACACAGCCGCCCACCACAAAGGCAGCCACCACCACACGCAACACAACCACAGCGAUGACAACCUGCCCAGACACCCUAAGUCCAGCAGCCACCCAAGAGACAUGGCUGAACUGUGACUUGUACAUCUGGAUCCCCUUAGCAGGCACCUGCCUCCUCCUCCUCAUCGCCUUGCUGGCCACCAUCAUAACCUGGCAAAAAACCAGAAGACGGAGAUGCAAAUGUAGAAGACCUGCAAACAAUGGAAGAGUCACGGCAAACAUAUAAGAGUGAAGCGUCUGUGCCCUUAACAUCUGAAUCUCCAAACAGGAAGCUAUCGCUGUACAGUCCAUCCACCACCCAUGCCUUUACAUUUCCAGUUACAAGCCAUGCUUUAUUUUAAAUUGUUCCCAUACCUUCUGUUUUGUUGAAUUCUACGAUGCAAACAGGUCCACAAGAGCACAGAAGCUUUAGCAGAUACUAGUCGCUCACUACGGGAAUUGUACUGCCUGGAUUUGAAAGUGUUGGCUCCUUCCAACAUUGUUGAGCCCUACAAAUUGGUUUCCAGGUCAUUAAAAAAAAGACAACAAAAUAUGCCAAACUAUCUAGGCCUGUAACACAGGCAAUACACUCUGAUCACUAGCUCCCAUAGUCUAAAUCCUCAGUCAGU